UCCAACAUUGGCCCCGCCCUUCAUGAGUAGCCAGGAGGAGUUUGCUUUGGCUGAGAGUCUUGAGGUUGUCAUGGCAAUGGCAAUGGCAUCAGCCCCCGAUGCCAUGACAGGCUAUGGCGGCCUGGGGUCCCCUCCCCCUGACCUAUGCCAGGCGUGUGGCCAGAGACACCUCGUAGAGGAGAACCAUGAGUACAUAUACCAAGAAGAAGUGGACGACAACCUCACCUGUCACAUCUGCCUGCAGCCGCUCAUCAAUCCUUUGGACACGCCCUGCGGACAUACCUACUGCCGGGAGUGUCUGACCAGCUUCCUGCUGGAGAGUGACUUCUGCCCGGUGGACCGCACCGCUCUUAUGCUGCAGAGCUGCCGCAAGUCUAGCCUGCUGGUUCACAGGCUACUGGACAAACUGACUGUGUCCUGCCCCUUUACUGAACACUGCAGCGAUACCCUGCUCCGAGGGGAGAUGGAGGGACACAUCAAGAACAGGUGUAAAGGGGCAUCUCACUAUGGCUUAUCUGCCGACAGGAAGCGCCGUUCCCAGGAGGGUGAUUGCACGGACAGCACGUCAGAACUCACCAUUGCCACCCUGCCUGGCGAUGGCCCCGCCUCCGCUGCUGUCGCUCUCCUGUCAGACGAGCCCGGCCUCGUCAACCCCGCCUUUGACCCCAGCAUGGAGGACAACAGCCAAUCAGGCAGUACCACCAGUUUGGCAGCUCGCAGCAGCACCAAGAAGAGUGAGUUCCGAAACUACGACCGUACAUCAGUCCGGUGCCGCUCCUUCAGGCGGUUGAACCGUGCGUUCAGUGUGCUGCGAAGGACCAAGAGUGGGACCUCAGUGUCCAAUGAGACCGCAGAGGAACGAGACAAUGCCAGGAACGCCAGCGUGCCCCAGGAAGUGCUGGCUCUACCCCAGCUCCACCACCUGAUCCCUGAUGGUGAGGUCACCAGUAUUAAAAUCAACCGUGAUCCCUCUGAGCCCCUGGCCAUCAGCAUCGUGGGGGGCAACGAGACCCCCCUGGUGCGUAUCCUUAUCCAGGACAUCUACAGGGAGGGGGUUAUCGCCCGGGACGGACGACUGCUGCCCGGGGACAUGAUCCUCAAGGUGAACGGCAUAGACAUCAGUAACGUGGCCCACUGCUACGCCCUGGCCACCCUCAAGCAGCCCUGCCAGCUGCUCCGGCUCACCGUCCUCCGGGAGCAGCACCACCGCUACCGCUCGCACGCCCACAGCCACCACGGGCACCCCCACGACGCUGCCGGAGGCUACCCGUCCCGCGGCCUGCCCCCGCCGAGGGACGACAGCGUCCACGUGGUCCUGUCCAAAAGCACCCCGGAAGAGCAGCUGGGCAUCAAGCUGGUGAGGCGGCCAGACGAGCACGGCGUCUUCAUCUUCCACCUGCUAGAGGGCGGGCUGGCAGCGCGCGACGGUCAGCUCAGCGUCAACGACCGCGUCCUUGCCAUCAACGGGCACGACCUGCGUUACGGAGCGCCCGAACACGCCGCGUUACUGAUCCAGGCAAGUGAAGAGCGGGUCCACUUCGUUGUGUCGCGUCAGAUCUGCUUACCCACCCCCGACAUACUGCAGGAGGCCCCCUGGGGAAUGGACGGCCCCCCGCCAUACUCGCCCGUGGACCUGGAGCACACGUUGCUGGACUCGUGUGAGAAGCCGGCGUGUUAUGAGAAGACCGUGACCCUGUCCAAGGAGCCCCAUGACUCUCUUGGCAUGACGGUGGCAGGGGGCAUGUCGUCCCGCGGCUGGGACCUCCCGGUCUACGUCACCAACGUUGAUCCCAGCGGAGUGGUGGGGCAGGAAGGAUCCAUCCGCAAAGGUGACAUCCUGCUCAACGUGAACGGAGUGGACCUCACUGGGGUGACGCGGGGCGAGGCUGUGGCCAACCUGAAGAACACCAUCUCCCCUGUGGUGCUCAAGGUCCUGGAGAUGAGGCACCCGGAGGAGAGCCAGCUGGAGUGCCCCUCGCCCACCUGCCUCGCGCCGUCGCCCGGCGACAGCACCAAGCAGAGCCUCGCCACGCUGCCAAACAGCGAUGACUACUCCCCACUGUGGGUGUCAUGGCUGCAGCUGCCCAGGCACCUGUACUGCUGCAAAGACAUUGUGCUGCGCCGGAGCACCUCAGGCAGCCUGGGCUUCAGCAUCGUGGGGGGGCAGGAAGAGGUCAACUGCAAUCAGUCCUUCUUCAUCCGCUCCAUCGUGGAGGGCACACCGGCCUACAACGACGGCAGGAUAAGGUGUGGGGACAUUCUGCUGGAGGUGAAUGGGAAGAGUACGUGGGGGAUGACACACACAGCCCUGGUGCGUCUGCUUAAGGAGCUACGAGGCAAAAUCACCCUGACUAUCGUGUCCUGGCCCGGCAGUCUGCUGUAGCCCUGCUGCAGCCUUGCAGCCACGGGAGGGGCCAACACUGACCAAGGAAUGUGGGCAGAGCUUUGGACUUGCUUAUAAUUGUGAGCCUUAGGUAUGGGUGGGGCAUACACUACUGAAGGCGGACUUUAGAAACCUGAUUCCUGAUGGACAGAUGAGACUUUGCCAGGAGUUCAGUGGGGGCCAACCAAUGAUGUGACCGGAGUUUGACCAAACCCCCGACCCCAGAGACACGGAGUUGGGUGGAUCUGUGACCCCUGGGAUGUACGGAGAAAUCUGAUUGGGUGGCUCAUUCUUGCACACAGCAUCCGAUUGAGCGGCUGGGAGACUGGGAGGGGACACAAGUUGCCAAUUCCAUUAGUUCUAUGUUAGAGUAUGCAUUUAAUUGGACUCGCAUUUCUUUCUUGUAAAUGUUGGAUGUCAAAAAAAAAAUACUGUUUCAAGCACUUGUACUAUGUUUCUCUUUGUUUUUAUGUUUGUUUAAUUGCCUUUGAAUAUAGGCUUUGUUCUGUUUUUACUGAUGGUGGUUGUCAUCUUCAUCUGUUGGACUGAGACACAUUGCCAAGUAGUCGUCUGUGUUGAGAUGUUUUCAGAUGCUGUUGCUAAAUUGUCCAACCACUGGCAUAAGUAUAGAAAAAAUAAUACAUUUCAAAUGUGUUCAUUAUCUGUUCAAAGUAAUAUUAAUAAGGUGACAUCGUGGAGGCCUUACUGAUUUUCCUACUUUUGAGAAGAAAAAAACUGACUAGGUUUCUGUGCGUGUUUCUGUGGGUGAGUCUGGUCUAGGACCAGCUAAUAUGGUUCUCUCUCACACUUCGGCCUGUGUAAUAUAUUUGAUGGUACCUUUGGUAAAAUAAUCAAUAAAGUCAUUUGAAAAGAA